GGUGUGAGUGGACGUGGGGCCCCUGAUCUCUCAGGCCAAGGAGAGGGUCAACAGCCUGAUCCAGAGUGGGAUGGAUGAGGGAGCCCAGCUGCUGCUCAACGGCAGGAAUGUCAAAGUCCAGGGCUAUGAGAACGGCAACGUUUUUGGACCAACCAUCAUCGGCAAUGUCACAAUGAAGUGCUAUACUAAGGAGAUCUCUGGGCCUGUUCUGGUGGUCCUGGAGGCCGAAUCUUUAGAUGAUGCCAUCAGCCCGGUCAACAAUAACCCCUAUGGCAACAGCACAGCUAUCUUUACCACAAACGUAGCCACAGCACGCAAAUACACUCAUGAGGUGGACGUAGGCCAGAUUGGGAUAAAUGUUCCUAUCCCUGUUCCUCUGCCCAUGUUCUCCUUCACUGGCUCACAAGGUUCUUUCAGAGGAGACACCAACUUCUACGGCAAACGAGUAUCAGUUGACAUAAGGUAA